GUUGAGUGAGUGAUGAGUGGUCGUUGGUCAGUCGUUUGUCAGGCUAGUGAUUUUGGACAUGCUUUUGUAUCCAUCCUGCAGGCCAGUCAUCACAAUUAACAGGUGUGUGGUAUGUAGACCUAUCUAUGACAUGGCGAACACUGAUUUGGUGAUUCUUUGUCUCACUAUAGACUCAUACCUGACACUUGACUGCUAUUCUCCUUAUAACCACUCAUUCACAUCAUAUGUGGCAGCAAAUGUGGUAGAAUAUCUUAAAAUACUUUGAAUGAACAAAAGGUACAGUUGGAUUGUGUGAAAAGAACAGUUUGUUUUUCCCCAUGGAGACUGCAACAGGUUAGCUAUGGACAUUUGAGAUGCUACAGGGCUUUUUACCCCAUAUGUGGUAGCAAAUGUGGCAGAAGACCUUCCAGAGGAAAUAGUCCAAGACUUUUCAGAGGAAUCACUUUGAAGUAAUGAACCAUUUCUUCACCAAUCCAAACACCAGAGCAGAGUAAGAAUGAGGCCUUCUCUGUUGGGUUCACCUGGUUCCCCCAGAACACUGUUGUGAUGCCCAGGCUGAAGGACACAGAGGAGGGACACUUUUGGCUCCUCCUUUUCUCAAACUGCCCUGACACAGGAUCUACUGACCUUACCUGACCGGUCCUCUUGUUAUUCUGCACUGAGACCUUUGAAUGAGACACAAUGGCGACUGAGAAGCUCAGUCUUAAUGUUGCAGCAAAACCAUAUUGAACUUGAAUUUCCCUAAUUUACUGUGUCAAACUGUUAAAAAGAAUCUGACUAGAGCAGACCAUGACCGAGGCUACUAUAAUGGAAUAAUAGCUGUUCUGGGAAUUGGAAAGGAUGAAGAAAAUAUGAACCUGCCCCACCCCCUUCUGUGUUUGUGAUAGUGAUGCUGAGGAGAGAUGUGCUCACUGUAAAACUGCUGCUGGUGUACAUGAGGACAAGACACAGAGAAAGAAUGAAGAAAGUGGAUACAGAGUGAAGAAAUCUCGUUGCUCAACAUGUGCGGAGCUAUUCACAAUUUUAUAAUGGGGCUCCGGGAGCUUAUUAAGGAGUAUUUUUUAGGGUUUUGGGACUAUGAGACCCCUAAGGUUAUGGUGGUUAAAAACAGAACUCUUGGAGUUAUUUACAGAGGUGUUCAGUUUCUUGUCAUCACAUAUUUUAUCUGGUAUGUUUUUAUAAGCCAGAAAGCCUAUCAAGAGAUUGAAACUCAUCCAGAGAGUUCUGUUUACACAAUAAUGAAGGGCAUCGCAGUUCAUGGUGAUGACAUUCUGGACACUGCAGAGUAUGCCCGACCAUCUGAAGGUGGGGAUGUGAUCAGUACAAUACUGAGAAGAGAAGUCACAUAUGAUCAACAGCAAGGAAUCUGUGCAGAGUAUCACCAGGUUGACAAUGCCAACUGCUCAUCAGAUUCAGACUGUGUGGAGGGAGAGAUCAACUUUAAUGGCCAUGGUAGAAGGACAGGGAGAUGUGUGUGGUACUAUAACUACACAUUUAAAACCUGUGAAAUCCAGACCUGGUGCCCUGUUGAAGAGUAUGCAGCAGUGCGUGAACCAGCGUUAGUAGAGGCCAUCAAUUUUACUGUAUUUAUCAGGAACUCCAUCCUCUUCCCUAAAUUCAAAGUACUAAGGGGGAACACAAAACAUGCUGAAAACAAGACCAUGCUGCGCAAAUACCUGAAAAAGUGCCAUUAUGACGAAGAGAAAGAGCCCUAUUGUCCAAACUUCAAACUGGGAUACAUUGCUAAUAAGGCAAGGGAGGAUUUUAAAGAGCUUUGCCUUACCGGUGGAGUGAUUGGGGUGUUCAUUAACUGGCAGUGUAACCUAGACUUGGAUGCAUCAAACUGUAAACCCACAUACGCCUUUCGCCGUCUUGAUAUGAGGAAAGAUUUAUCGGAUUCAGGCUAUUACUACAGGUUUGGCAAAUAUUACAGCAAAGAUAGGGUAGAGUCUAGGACACUUAUCAAAGCUUUUGGUAUCCGUCUGGAUGUCAUAGUUCACGGACAUGCUGGAAAAUUUAGUCUUGUUCCAACAAUCAUCAGCAUAGUGACAGCAAUGACAUCAGUUGGGAUUUGCUCAAUUAUUUGUGAUUGGAUUAUGCUUACAUUUAUUGACAAGAACGAAGUCUACAGUGAAAGAAAAUUUGAUGAAGUUGCCAAAGAACCCAUUCAACAUAUUUCCACAGGGUUUGGAUACAUUGUCGACUAUGGCUCUACACACUCAGACCUCUCGGAUGGUGUCCCGCUGUAGCAUCUGAACACUUGGCUCAGCUCUAGCUUUUUUGAAUCAUGUCCUCUUUGAGAAAAGAGACAAGAGUAUGGAUUAAAAUAGAACUACUGGAAAUAGCUGCCUGUCAUCCAAAUACACAGAUAAUAUAUAAUCAUUUUUGCUGAUCUAGUUUAGUUGUAGCAUUUACUCCCAAACAUAUCUUGUAACAGUGAAUGUACAACACAAACCAUACUGUACGGUGUAAUACUGCCUUAUAAUGCUUAUCAUUUUCAUGAUAUUGUAUUUUCAUGACAAUAUAAACAUAUAUAGUUUUGAUGUUAAUUAAACAUUUAGGUUAGGGUUUAAUCUAACCUAAAUAAUUUUGUAUAUCUCGGUAAAUUUGAACUCUAUUCAGAAAGUAAUAGUGAAAUUAUUUAAAUUUGUUUUCACUGAGAUAUACUGGUGGAUUAGAGGAGCAGCACAUCAGCAGCACAUCAGCAGCACUGAGCAGUAAUCAAAUAAAGGCAACAUUUCCCAUCAAAUGGGUUUCUCUAACACGAUUGUGGGAAAGUGUGAAUGCAUCAGGAUCCUCAGUGGUGUACAGUGCAUGAUUCAAGACUAAUGGAUUGACAUCUAUACUGCAAAAGAAAAGGGGCACUAUAGCCAAAUGGUAGUCUAAUAUUAACAUUAAAGUUAAAAA